CCUCUCUCUCCUCUCUCUCUUUCCCUUUCCCGCAGCGCGCCGUGCCGUUAUUUCCCCCUUCUCUUUCUCUAUUCCUGUUCCUUUUUCUCGGCACUUUCUCAGAGCACAAUCACUCCGUUUGGAGAAAAAGGGUGGAAAAUAAAGGAAAAACCAAGGCCACUGAACAGUGAGGACGAAGAAAGGUAAAUUUCACGGACAGACGCGGCUUGUUCUUGUUGUUGGUUUGCUGCGCUGUUUUGGCAGCCGCCAUGGGGGCUCUGGCUCCUCUCGCCGCUCCUUGGAUACCAGAGGACGAUCUUCUCUUGAAGAAUGCCGUCGAGGCAGGUGCUUCCUUGGAGUCGCUUGCUAAAGGUGCUGUGCAGUUCUCCAGAAAGUUCACCAUUCGUGAACUGCAAGACCGCUGGCAUUCUCUUCUAUAUGAUCCAACCGUGUCUGAAGAAGCUGCUUUAAGGAUGAUUGAGCUUGAGUACACCUCGUCAGCUCUUCCAUCAAAAUUUACCAGGUGCGGGAAUUCAAAGGAUAACAAAUGUAUUACUGGAAAAAGGAAAGCUGAAAGUGUCCGUUCUAGUUACUAUGCUUUGCGUAAAAGAAUCCGUAAUGAGCCAUUUGGAUCCAUUGAUUUGGAUUUUCUUAUGGGGCCCAGCGAUAACAAUUAUGUUGGAAGUGAAGAUGUCCCUUUACCUGGACAUUGCAUCAUAGGAGAUCCAGUUCAAGGUCUUGAACUUCAGGGUUCCAACAUGAAUAUCGUGCGCCAUACUUCGACUGAAAUUGAGGUUGGUAAUGGUGCUCCAGUCUUUCAUUCACAGUUCGAGAAUACAGCUCAAGGAGAUUUUCUAAUGCAGCAAGAUAAUCUGCCUAAUGAGAUGGCAAGUAUGAUGGGGGAGAAUUUGUCUCACCCUGGCAAUGGGAUGGUAGUAGAUGAAUUUUGCCUGCGGGAUAGAUUACCCUUGCAUGGUAAUCAGGUACAAGGAUGUCCAAAUUAUGAUGGAGACCAAGGGUUUAGUUCAGAGGCUCUCGAAUGUGGGUCACCAUUUCAAAAUUUGGAGUACUCGUGUUCCCUUCCUGAAAUCCCGCAUUGGACAUCUGGUGAAGGCAUGGCGACGAUGCCUGUUGAACCUACUGACAAUGGUUUGAGAGGGAAAGAGCUUCGUGCUGGGGAUGGGUUUUCUCUUCACAUCGAUGCUGCUGCUGCUAAAGACUCGGAUCAAUCAGGAUAUGAUGGUAUGGUGAACAUGGGUUCUGAUUUGAGGCUAGAGAUACCAAGUGAGGAGGAGCUAAAAGAUACUACUAUUGGAACAGAGGGUUAUCUGGCUGAACUUUCACACUCUCUAUUGAACCUUACAAAUGAUGAUGAACUUCUGUUCAUGGACGUCGAUGGGAAAGAUGAUAUCAUUGAUAAGUCUUACUAUGACGGCCUUAGUUCCCUGUUGUUGAGUUCACCCAGUCAUGACGCCAAUCAAGAUCAUCUGGCUCUGACUGUUGAUCAUCCUGAAAAUCAGUUGAAGACAAGUCCUGCGCAAGUGUCCGAUGAAGAUAUCAGAAUGCACCAUGGAAGAGAUUCUGUUUGCAUUGGUGAAGUCCAGUGCCUUGAUACCCCAUCAACUUCAUACCCUGACUUUUCUGAACUCGAUUGUGAAGUUGUUUGCUGUGUGUUGAGCACAGAAGAUCCUGAGGUCCCAUGCAAUGACCAUGUCGUCUUUACCAACAACCACUCGCGUCGUAAGGCAGCUGCUACUGUAUCAAAACGAACUGUACAAACUCCUGGGAAAUUGAAUUCAUCCACUAAAGCGAUGACCAACAAUCAACAAAAAAGUAGCAAAGGGGGGAAACCAUUGUUGCAGAAGGAUUUGGGAAAUCCUGGAAAACCACCCAAGUCUUCUCAGAAAACACUGUCACAACAAGUGACACCAGAGGUCAGUGUUCAUCGUUCAGUUGCUCAUCCUGGAGUUAGGGUUGAGUUUGCUAGGAAUGAUUACACUGAAAGGGCUUCCACCAGUGUCGUUGCUGAUGGUGAUUCAACAACUCAAGUCAAGUCAACAAAUGAUAGAAAUACUGCAAUUCACAUGCCUGCUAAGAUGAAGGAAGAAACUUCAGGGACUGCCAUGGCAAGGCAUACAAGUCUCAGUAACACUGGCUUGUUAAUGGAAAGGCCAGCAGCUCCCGUUGGUAAUGGCUAUAAUAAGUGCCAUCGCACAACAAAUGUUGGUAGUGUUAAACAGGAAAUACAUGCUUCAUCAUCAGGUUUUCCAAUUCAGCAAGGUUCAGUUGCUGCUGUUGAGCCUGUCAAUAGUUCUGUCUCGGAACAAGGAGCAAACAGUACGUCGGAUCAAGAAGACCUUUACCUGGAAAGUGAAGAUGAUCUCCCAUACUUUUCAGACAUUGAAACAAUGAUACUUGAUAUGGACUUAGAUCCAGAAGAGCAGGACUUAUUCUCCAACGAGCAAGUGUUGAGAUACCAGCAAGAGGAAACACAGGCAGCAAUCAUGAGGAUGGAGCAGAGCGCACAUUCAUACAUGCAAAGAGCCAUUGCUUCACAUGGAGCUUUUGCUGUUCUAUAUGGUCGUUAUUCAAAGCAUUAUAUCAAGAAGUCCGAGGUUUUGCUUGGUCGAGGGACAGAAGACAGUACCGUCGACAUUGACUUGAGUAGAGAAGGACGUGCAAACAAAAUAUCACGAAGACAGGCGAUCAUUAGUCUGGACCAAAGUGGAUUUUUCCACCUGAAGAACGUAGGCAAAUUUUCCAUCUCAGUCAAUGACAAGGAAAUAACCCAUGGCCAGAGUCUAAACCUUACUCCCAGUUGUCUCAUCGAGGUUUGUUCCCCUACGAAUUCUUUGUUCAAUUGCACCAUCGACCAGAUGCCUUAAAUCUUCCGUCGAUUUGCAGAUAAGGGGGAAGCCAUUCGUGUUCGAGAUAAACCAAAGCUGCGUGAAGAGGCAUCUUGAACGCUCAUCGACCCGAGAGCUGCUGCAAUCCUGAAGUGAAGCACACAGGAAAUUCCCAGCCUGAUUAUCAGAAGGUGCUCAUAUAUUUCUUACACCAGCUGCACUUUCUGGGUUUUCCUUCUCCUCCCCUUCCUAUGCCUCUGUAAAUUUCUUCUCAUGUGAAUGAAUCCCUUCCCAACAAGGAUAGUCUAGAAAAAUCAAAUGUCUAAUCCCCAUAGUAGUUAGCCCUCCGACAACGUGCUUAUGAAAUCUAUGCAAUGCGACCCCAGUUCUCAUUUAUGGCGUGCCCUUUACUUGUGCCCUUCAUAACUAUCUGGUCUACCCCCAGGAUAUUAAGGCAAGCAAAAUGUCCUGUCGUAUGGUCAAUUUACAGAAAUGGCCAUGCAACUUUGCUCACUGAAAAAUUGGUCACUCCGAUUUUGAUUUUUAACAAACUUGCUAUUGAAGUUCGAAUGUAGCAGUAACUCGUCCAUCCCUAUUGAGUUCUUCGUCCAAGUUUUCCAAAUCAGAUUAGGUAUCGGGUAGGGCGGAGUGAAUUGGGCGUCGUCGGGUUGCAUGAGGAUCAGGUAAGGUUUAAAAUGGCAGUUCAUUUGAGCUAACUAGGAGCCAUAUGAUCUAUUUGUUACUAGUAUAUGUAUGUGGCUUGAAUGAUGUACUAGUUUG